CGAGAAAGCUUCACUCCGACACAAUGCGGUGGUUACAGGUCCUCACCGCUUCGCUGCUGCCCUUCACGGCCCUUGCAGCCAAGAAAUCCACCGGCGACCGCUUCAGCGACUUCCGCACCAAGUCCCUCUCCGCCGGCCAGCCGCCCAAGCUCGAUGAUGCAAGUUACGCGCAACUGACCAAGGCACCCCGCGACUACUCGGUUGCGGUGCUGCUCACGGCCCUCGAUGCGCGAUUCAAUUGCAUGCUGUGCAGGGACUUUCAGCCAGAGUGGCUGCUGCUGGGCAAGAGCUGGGUGAAGGGCGACAAGAAUGGGCAGAGCAGGCUGGUCUUUGGCACUCUGGACUUUGUGGACGGAAAGAACACUUUCCAGUCGAUGCAACUCCAAACUGCCCCAGUCCUGCUCUACUUCCACCCCACGGUUGGCCCCAACGCGAAGGCCGACGCGCAGCCCGUCCGCUUCGACUUCACAGCCGGCCCCCAAUCCGCAGAACAGGUCCAUGCCUGGAUCUCGCGCCAGGUCCCCGGCGACGUCCCCAAGCCCUCCAUCUCCCGCCCCAUCAACUACGUCAAGCUUAUCUCCGUCACCACCGCCGUCCUGGGCGGCAUCACGGUCCUCGCAGUCGCCUCGCCCUACAUCAUCCCCAUUCUUCAGAACCGCAACCUCUGGGCUGCAGUCAGUCUGAUCACCGUGCUGCUCUUCACCAGCGGACACAUGUUCAACCACAUCAGGAAGACGCCAUACGUGUCAGGCGACGGCAAGGGUGGCAUCAGCUACUUUGCCGGUGGCUUCAGCAACCAGUUUGGUCUCGAGUCGCAGAUCAUUGCUGCAAUCUACGGCGUUCUUGCCUUUGCAACAAUCUCCCUCGCCCUCAAGGUCCCUCGUAUCGCCGACGCAAAGACCCAGCAGUUUGCCGUCUUCCUCUGGAGCGCCGUGCUGCUCUGCAUGUACAGCUUCCUGCUCAGCGUCUUCCGCACCAAGAACGGCGGUUACCAGUUCUGGCUGCCUCCGUUCUAGUUGGAUCGAGCAUCGAACAGGUAACUCGAAAGGCCGCGUUGGGGCGAUGUGGGGAUGCUGUGGACGUAUACACGUCGAAGAUGGAGGACCUUGAAGUACGCGAUUCUAGUGAUAUUCCAAAAGCUUUGGGCUGUGUUGUACUAUAAAGCUGUUGGAAAUUUGUAGGGGUUACGAUUUCCUCAGUGGGGCGUUGCAGGGUGGGAUAGGAAUGAACAAAAGUAUCAACCAUGAAAGGAUCUCUUCAGGCUUUUGAGACAGAUAUUGCAGAUGUUAUAUUCAUUGAGACAUUAUGUUGCUAUCUGAACUACAAUUUGAGGUAUCAUGUACUGCGUGCUGGCGAUCGAGAAC